AUGUCGAUCGAGUGGGGCCUUCCUACUGUAUGUGAUAUCUUGAAGGGGGCAGUUAUUUUGAUCAAGCGUCCAGUAAAAUACGCAAUGUCCUCCAAGAGCUUCGCCGACGAUCUACGGGAAGAAGUCCGGAAACUGGAGAAUGAAGCUCGGAGGGUCCACGAUUUGGCACAAGUUGCCAGAUACAAUCUUCGGAGUUUCAAUGAUUGCUUCACGGAGUGGCAGCAAAGUGCCGAUAAGGCCUUGGAGGAGGCGCGAAACCUGUCGGACGCCUUCGAUGAGGCGACCAAGACUUUCUGCUACGGGACUCUUCCCGACCCCUAUUGUCGCUAUCAGUUCAGCACGAAGGCCGAGGCCAAGAUCAAGGUCCUUCGGGAACUCGCUCAAAACUGCAUCAGAUUCACGACGGUGGACAACAUUUGCUACAUCGAUCCUGCUCCGAGAAAUGUGGCUGCCCCAAUUGCGGCCAGGAGAGAAGGCAAAGAUGUCCCCAUUUUUUCUACCUCGAUGUCGAUUAAGCUUAGGGAUGCUGGCGUCUUCGAAUCCAGAGCUUCGAUGAUACAGAACAUCAUGGACGCCCUUGGAAAUAAAAGCAAUAGUGUGGUCGGGGUUUAUGGGAUGGGUGGGGUCGGCAAGUCCACCCUUUUGGAUGAAGUCAAAAAAAUACUAAGCGAAGAGAAGUCGUUUGAUUGGGUCGUUAAGGCUGACGUGUCGGAAAAUCCAGACAUCAAGACGAUUCAAGGACUGAUUGCGGACGGCUUGAAACUUACUGACAUAGAGAACAAAAACAUAAUCAGCGGGCGAGCGGAACUUCUGCGCGGGAGGUUGGAAGAAGAGGAGAGGAAUGAAAAGAAGGUCCUCAUAAUACUAGACAACCUUUGGAAGGGGCUCGACUUGAAAUCAGUGGGCAUUCCUUCGGGACCUGACAACAAAGUCAAGGGAUGCAAGUUGUUGUUGACGUCAAGAGAUCGUGAUGUUUUGCGAAGGAAAAUGGGCUGCGACAAGGACUUCCUCCUCAAUGGGCUGAAGGAGGAAGAGGCAAAAAGAUUGUUUGAAAGGAUAGUGGGAGACAAAGUUCAUGAUGACGAGUUCAAACCUUGGGUGAAAGUAGCACUCGACAAAUGUGCAGGUGUGCCUUUCCUAAUUGUUGCAAUGGCGAAACGUUUUAAAGAUGCUGAAUUAUAUGAAUGGAGGGAUACUUUGAAUAAAUUUGAGAAGUUUAAAGAUAAAGAAACCAAUGAUUUGAUAAAUCAUAUGUUGCAAUGGAGUUAUGAUAAAUUAGAAGAGGAUGCGAAGUCAUUAUUACGACUUUGUGUUGUUUACAGUACCUCCAAGCCUUCUCUUGAAAAUUUGGUGAGGUAUGGCUUCGGUUUGGGGUUAUUUGGAGAAGUUAGUAGCAUGGAAGAAGCUAGAGAUAGGUUGCACUCACAGAUCUGUACUCUUCAAGCCUCCUCACUUUUGUUAGACAGUGAAGAUGUUGAUGUUUUCAAGAUACAUGACUUGGUUCGUGAGUUUGUUGCCUCGCUCGCUUCAAGAGAUCACCCUCUUCUCGUGUUGAAAGAUAAAGAUAAGUUGAUAAUAGAGUUGUCGAAGGACAAGCUCAAUAGUUAUAGGGCGGUAUGCUUUCCGUACAUUGACAUGGAGGAGCUUCCUCAAGAGUUAGAUUGCCCCGAACUGCAAAUCUUUUUGUUUUUCACAGACAAUAAAUCUCUUAAGGUCCCAGAUUCGUUGUUUUACUCUAUGAGGAAACUCACAGUCUUAAAUCUUACCGGGAUACGUCUCACUUGCUCCCCUUCAUCGCCAUUUCAAUUCUUGGAGAAUUUACACACUCUAUGUCUUGACAGUUGUUCAUUAGAUAAUGUAGCCAUUCUUGGCGAGCUGAAAGGGCUACAAAUUCUUAGUUUUGUGAAAUCCAAUAUUCAUCGAUUGCCAAAAGAAAUUGGGCAACUGGUAGAGUUGAGGUUGUUAGACUUAAACUGGUGUCCACAGCUUGAGAUAAUUGAACCGGGUGUACUUCAAAGCUUGAUCAAGUUAGAGGAGCUGUACAUGAAUAAUAGCUUUGAUCAAUGGAAUACGAUGGACCAAACUCCACCAACUAAUGCUAGUUUGAUUGAGUUGAAUCACAUGAAGAAUCUUCACAGUCUGCAUGUGUCCAUUCCUAAUUCGAGUGUGCUUCCAGAGGAUUUAAACGUCGAGAAAUUAACCAAGUAUGAAAUUAAAAUAGGUAAUGUGGGCCGUUGGUGGAGCAAGUUCAAAGGAUCAAGGACAUUAGAGCUCAAGUCGGAUCCAUUAGGCAAUGUUCUUUGGAAAGGAUGCAUUCAAAGUAUCUUAGGCCAAACUGAUGAUUUGUUUUUGGACAAGUUGGACGGAAAUGAGCAAAGUGUUUGCACGUUAUCCCAAAAAGGUUUUCCAAAAUUAAAGCAUCUACAAGUCCAAAAUAGUUCCUCUAUCCAUUACAUCCUCCAAUUGCCAUCCCAUACACAUUUUACGAUGUUGGAGUCGUUACUUCUUGAGAAUCUCAUCAACUUGGAGAUGAUAUGCAACAGCCAUAUCUCCUCCAAGUCCUUCAGUACAUUAAAAGUAAUACGAGUCGAAAGGUGUGACAAGAUGGAAGUAUUGUUUCCUCUUUCGGUGGUGAGAGGACUUCCACAGCUUGAAGAGAUUAAAGUUGUUGGUUGCAAGCGAAUGCGGGGUAUCAUAGAUGCCGAUGACGGUAGCAAAGUUGAGUUGCAUAAUUUGCGUGUAUUGGAAUUGCGUGACUUGCCAGAUAUUAAGAGUUUUCUCGCCGUAGGGACGGCUCCUUUGAGUAGCACAUUACAUGACCAAGUUGGCACUCAAAUUGCAUUCUUCAACGAGCAAUAG